CACUAUUUCACUUCCUUCUCUCUUAUUAUUGUUAAUUUUAAGCACUACACAGCCACAUUUUUUCCUCCUAUCAAAUGGCUAAGUCACCGGAAGAUCAACACCCUGUAAAGGCUUUCGGGUGGGCAGCCACUGACUCUUCAGGUCAUCUCUCUCCCUUCAAAUUCUCCAGGAGGGAAACAGGUGAUGAAGACGUGAGGUUUAAGGUGUUAUAUUGUGGGAUAUGCCACUCUGAUCUUCACAGUAUCAAAAAUGAAUGGGGCAACUCUACCUACCCUUUGCUUCCUGGGCAUGAAAUUGUUGGAGAAGUGACCGAAGUGGGUAGCAAAGUGAAGAAAGUAAAAGUAGGAGAUAAAGUUGGUGUUGGAUGCUUGGUGGGUGCAUGCCACUCCUGCGAUAGUUGUGUCAAUAAUCUUGAAAACUACUGUUCAAAAUUGAUACUUACCUACAAUUCCAUUGACACUGAUGGAACAAUCACAUAUGGGGGCUAUUCCGAUUAUAUGGUCGCCAAUCAACGCUACAUAGUUGUGUUCCCUGAUAAUAUGCCACUUGAUGCUGGUGCUCCUCUACUCUGUGCUGGGAUCACAGUUUAUAGUCCCUUGAAAUAUUUUGGAUUAGCUGAACCAGGGAAGCACAUCGGCGUCGUCGGCCUUGGUGGGCUUGGUCAUGUAGCUGUUAAAUUUGCGAAGGCUUUUGGAGCUAAAGUGACAGUAAUUAGUACCUCUCCAAGCAAGAUGAAAGAAGCUUUGGAACAUCUUGGUGCUGAUUCAUUUUUGGCUAGCCGUGACCCUCAACAAAUGCAG